AUGUCAUCCGUCGCCGCGAACGUCCUCCAGCCAGGGUUUGGCUCUCUGGAGCUGACCAUUCCCAGCAUGACGUUGGCCCUCGCGGUCAUCAUUCUCCUGCCAAUGGUAGCAAGCUACUUUAUGGCCGGGGCCAAAAAAGGCAGGAUGCCGCCCAUUAUUAACAAGCCCGGGCCGUUCCAGCUCAAGAUCCAAAAGCAGUUCGAGUUCGUGUUCAAGGGCCGUGAGCUCUACGAGCGAGCGAAAAAAGAAUCCCCGGGCAGUCCCAUUAAGUUCCUGACUAACAUCGGCCCCAUGACGGUCCUGCCCAACGAUCGCGCAACCGAGAUCCGCCACCACCCGAAUCUGAGCUUCCGGGCGGCGUUCGAGAACUUAAUCCCGAUAGGUGCUCCCGGCAGCAGAGUUAUGGGGGUCCUCAACCACCCGGAUCGCAUUAUGCAGAAUGUGGUUAAGAAACAUUUGAUAAACCGGCUGGACUCCAUCACGACACCACUGGUUCUCGAGGCGGAUUACGCCGUGGAGAAGAAUUUCGGAAACAGUCCGGAAUGGACGGAGUGUAGUAUUGCCAAAAACACCACGGAUAUGGUGGCGCGCCUCGUCUCGCGCAUUUUCCUAGGUCCCAAACUAUCUCGGAGCGAGGAAUGGAUUGAUGUGACGGUGAACUAUUCCAUAGCGGCCACCAUCAUGCUUAAGACCCUCCGGACACUCCCAAUCUGGCUCCGACGAUUUGUCUACUGGUUUAGCCAACCAGGCAAAAACUACAGACGGCUUUACAGGAAGGCAGAGAAGCUCGUGAGUGGGCUUAGCGAGGAGCGGCGCAAGGAACAACAAGACUAUGCGCGCCGCGGGGAGGUGCCCCCUUCAUACAACGACGCCAUCGAGUGGAUCGACAAGGAACCCAGAAAAUCCCCCGUUGUCGUGACUGAUUUCCAGCUGAGCUUGUCGGUUUCAUCUGUUCAUACCACAGCGGACUUGUUUACGCAGGUUAUGCUGCAGCUUGCUACUCACCCAGAAGUCGUUGACGCUCUUAGGGCCGAGAUUUUGGAGGUGCUGCCUGUGCACGGCUUUUCGAAAAUCGGGUUUAACUCGUUGAAGUUACUGGACAGUGCUAUCAAGGAGGCCCAAAGAAUCAAGCCUUUAAUGACCGCAAACAUGCAACGCAUGGUAAAAAAAGACACGGAGCUUUCCGAUGGAACCUUCCUCCCCAAAGGCGAAAUGGUAGCCGUGGAGGCGGCCGCUAAGCUUCGCGACCCGUCAAAAUACCCCGACCCCGACAAGUUCGACGCCUGGCGCUUCUACCGUAUGCGGCAGCAACCCGGUAAUGAGGCCACAGCGCAGCUUGUUUCCAUCACCUCUGAUCAUUUAGUGUUUGGUUACGGCACUUAUGUCUGCCAGGGGCGCUUUUUCGCGGGGCACCAGAUCAAGAUCGCGCUUUGCCACCUUUUGCUGAAAUACGAUUGGAAAUUGGCCGAGGGCGCGACCAUCGCCCCCAAAUGGAUUGGUAUAGACCCCAUUACAGACUCCAGUGUGAGGCUCAUGUGCCGUCGGCGGAAGGAGGAGCUUGAUCUUUGCACGCUGGCUACUGAGGAAAAGUAG